CUCCACUCCUGGGCACAAGACAUGGCCAUUCCUAGGGCGCGACAGUGCAGACGCAGCCGCCAGCCUCGCUGGGCGGCUCCUGGACUCUGCGAGGUCAGGAAGCAUCUGCUGAGUCGAGGCCCAUGCCCUCCUUGCAUCUGUCCUAGAAUUGGCAGGAGGGGAACAUGGAGGAGACAAGCCUGAGGAAUCGGAGAGAAGAUGAGAAGUCCAUCCGGAGUAUCCAGAGUAAGGAACCCAAGACCACGAGUCUCCAGAAGGAGGUGGGCCUGCUCAGCGGCAUCUGCAUCAUCGUGGGCACCAUCAUCGGCUCUGGGAUCUUCAUCUCCCCCAAGUCUGUGCUCAGCAACACGGAAACCGUGGGGCCCUGUCUCAUCAUAUGGGCGGCCUGUGGGGUCCUCGCAACACUGGGUGCCCUGUGCUUUGCAGAGCUUGGCACAAUGAUCACCAAGUCAGGGGGCGAGUACCCUUACCUGAUGGAGGCCUUCGGGCCCAUCCCUGCCUACCUCUUCUCCUGGACCAGCCUGUUCGUCAUAAAGCCCACAUCCUUUGCCAUCAUCUGCCUCAGCUUUUCGGAGUACGUCUGUGCGCCUUUCUAUUCGGGCUGCAAUCCCCCUCCGGUUGUCGUGAAAUGCCUGGCUGCCGCUGCCAUCUUGCUCAUCACCACGGUGAACUCGCUGAGCGUGCGGCUGGGGAGCUACGUCCAGAACGUGUUCACGGGGGCCAAGCUGGUGAUCGUGGCCAUCAUCAUCAUCAGCGGGCUGGUCCUCCUGGCCCAAGGGAACACAAGGAAUUUUGAGAAUUCUUUUGAGGGCACAAAACUGUCUGUGGGAGCCAUCAGUCUGGCAUUUUAUAAUGGACUCUGGGCGUACGAUGGAUGGAAUCAACUCAAUUACAUCACGGAAGAACUUAGAAACCCUUUCAGAAACCUGCCCUUGGCCAUCAUCAUCGGGAUCCCACUGGUGACAGGCUGCUAUAUCCUCAUGAACGUUUCCUACUUCACCGUGAUGACUCCUACCGAGCUCCUGCAGUCCCAGGCGGUGGCCGUGACGUUCGGCGACCGCGUUCUCUACCCGGCCUCUUGGGUGGUUCCGCUGUUCGUGGCCUUUUCCACCAUCGGUGCCGCCAACGGGACUUGCUUUACGGCAGGCAGACUUGUGUACGUGGCGGGCCGGGAAGGCCACAUGCUUAAAGUGCUCUCCUACAUCAGCGUCAGGCGCCUGACUCCAGCCCCUGCCAUCAUCUUUUAUGGCAUCAUAGCAACUAUUUAUAUCAUCCCUGGUGACAUAAACUCAUUGGUCAAUUACUUCAGUUUUGCUGCAUGGCUGUUUUAUGGCCUGACGAUUCUGGGAUUGGUUGUCAUGAGGUUUACAAAGAAAGACCUGGAAAGGCCUAUCAAGGUGCCCAUUUUCAUCCCCAUCUUGGUGACUCUUGUCUCCGUGUUUUUGGUUUUGGCCCCAAUCAUCAGCGAACCCGCGUGGGAAUAUCUCUACUGUGUGUUAUUUAUACUGAGCGGCCUUAUAUUUUACUUCCUUUUUGUCCACUAUAAGUUUGGAUGGGCUCAGAAAAUCUUAAAGCCCGUCACCAUGCACCUUCAGAUGCUGAUGGAGGUCGUGCCGCCAGAGGAAGCUCCAGAGUAGCAAGCCCGGCCUCCCGGAGCCAAGUCCAAGCUGCGACGGAUUUAUUUGUCAUCAGUUCUCUGGGUGGGGGUUCUAGAGAGAACGGACAGGCGUUUGCCGAAGUUAGCAGUGAAGAUGCAACCUAACUGAAGGCUGGCGGCCAGCCAAGGGCUCAGUGAAAACUACCACCUUACGACUGUGACGCUUCAGCGGGGGGAGGCACAUCACAUCUACUUAGAUAAAGGGCACUCUUUAAACCAGGGACCAAUAAGGUGUGUAAAAAUACACACACGUUUUGCUCUGAUCGAAACAGAUUUUUAACACACUGAAGUACAGAUGUUUUACUGCCCACCCUCGCCGCUCCCAGAAGUACCGCACCCCCGUGUCCGAGGCAGGUCUAUCCCAGGCUGAAUGUCGAGGCCCCCACUGCAAGACAGACCAUCCAGAACCAUCCGCAGCCUGGUGCCCAGGACAGGCCCCACCUCAGCCCUCACAGACACUAUGGUCAAACCAGAAAGGGUGAUGAAUAAAAUUCUAGUUUGCAUUCGGCACUCAGGGAAAACACUGUCUAAAAAAACGUAAAAUGGCAUUUCUGUGAAAACGCUGCAAUUUUAUUGAUAUACUACAAAAAAUAUUCACACCACGACUAAGUAUGAGAGCAAUUUUAGAAGCAUAGAGACAAAAGCACUUUCACUUUGCAUUUCGGAAAUCUUCCCCAAACAUGAAAUCAAUAUGUAUUAAUAGAACAAAAACAACUGGUCAUUGUUUACACUUCACAAGUCGGUGCCUACAUCCUACAGAAUGUUAUCCAGGACUUCAGGUAGUACAUUUCAAUGUCUGAAAAAAGAAGGCAAGAUUGAAACCUACAGCCCUGCUCCCCCACCAUUUCCCUUUGGCUGUCUGUGAACGACACGAGAGAACCAGAAUCCACCCCCCUCCAUUUAUGCAGCUCUCUUACUUGCUCUUAUUAUGGGCUACGUUUUACAAAAGAGAGUGAUUAUAAGCGAGCAUCAACGGCGGGUGGCCAACAAUCACAAGAAAAGCCAGUGCAGCUCAGGAGGCCCGGCCACCAGUCCAAAGGCUCCCCCAGUGGGAGCAAAAGUUCUAUUUACAGAAACCGACACCUGCUGAGGACAUUACAAAACCUUUGCCAGCAAAGACCAGGACUUCCUACUUCCUGAAGAGCCUGCACAAUUUAGUGAAGAAAAAGGACAAUCACCACUGUACCCCAUGUGUCCACGUGACACCUGCCGGUCAACCCACGGGAGUCACGGCAGCAGCAAGGGUGCGCUCCCCGCAGCGGGCAGGGGUCUGACCUCAUCACCGAGGCACUGCACGGAACAGAGGCCCCUGCCUGGCAGCGUGCUGGGGCAACGCCCGAAGCGAGGGCAGGUCACACCAUGAGCAGAAUGUCUUAUUUUACAGAUGAGGAAACUGAGAGCCAGAGUGUGAUCCAAACCUACUCACGGGACAGCCUGACGACAGAGUUUACCUAUCGUUCCAGAGGUGGCUUAUGUACCUGGGACAAACACAAAUGCGGACACCUGUGCUUUCUGACGUACACUAAGAAUAAAAAUCUUGGGGACAGUCACGACA